UCGACACCUACUUAUUACCAUUACAUAGUCUAUGCGCACGCGCGUAUUGUUCAAGUUGCUUUUCAUUUCGACAGUUACGCCACAUCAGUCAACCUUGUCUUUGUUUACUAUGGUCAAGCAAGCACACUUGCUAUCUGAAGAACAACUUGAACAAAUAAAAGAGCCAGGAUUCAACAAACACUAUAAACAGACUUGCAGACCAGCCUUGAAGAGAAGCAACCCCUCACGCAAAGCAUUUGGCUCACCUGCCGAGAAAUUCACUAAAACGACCCUCGAUAUCGAAAUCAAAAAUUCCAGUGAAUAUGGACAGUUCUUUUCCCAAGAGGAGGCCAGUAACGAUUGCAAAGACGCUUCUCGCAUUUACGCUGACCAGGAAGUACCUGUUCAGAAUGAGGAAGUAACCAGCAACUCCACGGGGAAGGCAAUGGAAGUUGUAGACGAACAAAUUUCUGGCAACCCUGUUUCGAAAGUGAGCUCUUUCGGUGAAAGACCUUCCUUUAAUUCCGAAAGCAACAACUUGAACUGGCUAAGUUCGACAGGAGAUCACUUUCACAUUGAAAAUGCACCUUUCUACGAAGAGCCGAAAAAAGGACCGUGUACCAAAUCUUUUUGCUCAAAAUUUUCCCAAAAACACCAUGGACAUUUGUUGAGUGUAAAUUCCCCGGAGAAGGAAGGUUCGUCUGCAUAUGGAACAGCUAAAGCUUCCUCAAUGAACGGUAAACAGGAAGGUGGUGAAACAUGCCUGACUGACCAGCUUGGGAAAAACUCAGAACUCUUAGGGAAACAGCAGAUAUUGAUAAUCACAAACGAGGAGGAUCCAAGUCAUAAUGAAGUCCAAGUGGUACUCAGUAAAUCGCCUAUCACUUAUAACAUUGCAUGCAAGUAUCCUCCAUUACCUGAGAACACUGGCUUGUGCUCGUCUCUGUGCGCUAUAGACGAAAGAGCCCUUAUAACUGACGACAAACAACCUGACUUUUUGGUUUGGUGUAAUUCUUUUCCAUCAGACAUGAAAGAAAAAAGGAAAUCCACUAACAGUCUUCAGGACAAAAGCGAAAAGCUUCGCACCGAAAUUGAGGAUAAGAUAACUGACCUGGAUGGCCCUGAGCUGCUACAGUUUGCUAUGAUUCUUGUCCAAUGCGCCCUGAAAAAAUCUCAGAUCGUGCCUAGCUGCAGUGAAACGUUGAAACGUGAUGAGGACAACAAAUGCAUGUCCAUGGCAAGUCCCGCGUUCUUGUGGAAAAGCGCAUUUUCUUAUCACAGCCAGCCAGCAUCAAAUGAACUAGGUAAGAGCGCUUUUUGCAGCACAACCCACAAUGGCGAAACUAAGUCCUAGAUUUUCUCACUUCGCGGUGAC